AUGUUAACACUACCGUUUGAUGAGUCUGUUGUAAUGCCAGAAUCCCAGAUGUGCAGAAAGUUUUCCAGAGAAAGUGAUGACCAAAAGCAAAUGAAGAACCCAGAAAGCUUUUCGAAGCAGAUCGUGCUCCGAGGAAAGAAUAUUAAGAGAUCUCCUGGAGAAGACACAGAAAAAGAGGAGGAGGAGGAAGAGAGAGAAGAGGAGGAUGAGAAUGGCUUGCCUAGGCGAAGGGGCCUUCGGAAAAAAAAGACGAGCAAGAUAAGGAUGGAAAGGAUCAAAUUCAGGCGACAAGAAGCCAACGCUAGAGAGAGGAACCGGAUGCACGGCCUUAACGACGCCCUGGACAAUUUAAGGAAAGUGGUCCCUUGUUAUUCUAAAACACAAAAACUGUCCAAAAUAGAAACUUUAAGACUAGCCAAGAACUACAUUUGGGCUCUUUCUGAAAUCCUGCGAAUUGGCAAGAGACCCGACCUGCUCACCUUCGUCCAAAACUUGUGCAAGGGUCUGUCCCAGCCAACUACAAACUUGGUGGCGGGAUGCCUGCAGCUGAAUGCCAGAAGUUUCCUGAUGGGCCAGGCGGGCGAGGGCGCCCAUCACACCCGCUCGCCCUACUCCACCUUCUACCCCCCCUACCACAGCCCCGAGCUCGGCACCCCCCCGGGGCACGGGACUCUCGACAACUCCAAGUCCAUGAAACCCUACAAUUACUGCAGCGCUUACGAGUCCUUCUAUGAAAGCACUUCCCCCGAGUGCGCCAGCCCACAGUUUGAAGGUCCCUUAAGUCCUCCCCCAAUUAACUAUAAUGGGAUAUUUUCCCUGAAGCAAGAAGAAAGCUUGGACUAUGGCAAAAAUUACAAUUACGGCAUGCAUUACUGUGCAGUGCCACCCAGGGGUCCCCUUGGGCAGAGCUCUAUGUUCAGGUUGCCUACAGAGAGCCACUUCCCUUACGACUUACAUCUGCGCAGCCAGUCUCUCACCAUGCAAGAUGAAUUAAAUGCAGUUUUUCAUAAUUAA